AAUCUGACUACGUCUGACGCCGACAUUGACGCCGCAUGAUCCAUCUGAUCCGAAAAAGGAAAGAACGGAAACGGAAAGAAUAACACUAGUCAAAAGGUCGACGUCUUCGAGGUCACUGUUAUUAUUUCCUGGUUAAUCGUAAAUGUUAUAAAAGCUGGCGUUUAUCAAUGUAAACUAAUGUGAACCAGCGGUAGCGAUUCGUAUUUUUGAGCAAUUUUGCAUCAAUGUACUGGAGUGGGCUUAUGUUCUGGAAUAGAAAGAUAAUCGGUGUGGGACGGGAAGAAAUGCCACUAAGCUCCAUAAGUCAUGUUGCAAAUACUCCCACUGACACAGCAGAAAGUGUGAAUCCUGGCACGAGUGCACAAAUAACAUCAACCUGCUGCACUCCACCACCAUCCUAUCAUAAUAUUAAUUUACCUCUUGGGCAUCCUUCUACGUUGACUAAUGAACGUGGUGCACCACCCUCAUACGAAGAAGCAAUAGAUCCUAAUGCACCACCACCGUCUUAUGAUUCAUUGUUUGGUCGUAUGAGAGAAGCUCGUAAAAUAUCCAAAGGCAUAUUUGACUUUUUAAAAAAUAUUAUCUUUUUGCUUUUGGGCACAAUUGGGUGUACCAUCAUUAUUGGAGUGACGAUAGUGGUACCGAUUUGUAUGAUGGUGAUUGGUGGACUAUACCUUUACGAUUGUCCACAGGGUGAAUACAUUCCUGUAUAUUUGUUAGUAGGCGGUGGAUUUGGAGUAUUUAAACAAUUGUUAACUCUGUCAACUAGAGUGCGACAGCGACAAGAGGAAAGAGAUGAAGAAAGAAUUAGGCAGUCGCCUACGCAGACUUUAAUCAAUUGUUUUAUGCUCGGAUGGUUUAUUAUUGGUUCAAUGUGGGUGUACAAGGAAUAUGAACCAAAUUAUGACCCAGCGCAAGGAAAAUAUUGCAACAAGACGUUAUACCUAUUCGCUUUUUGGCUAAUCACAUCAGUCUACAUGUGUCUAGGUGUCAUAAUGGCUGGCCUGUGCAGCAUAUCCAUAGUUAGCAUCGCGUUUCAGAGACCACCGCCGGAUCUGAUGUGAGACACUAUAGCUUAGCUGCUUCAUAUGCGCGUCUCCGAAACAACAAACAUCUAAGAUCUUCCGCAUUUGACAUAGUCAGGACUGUAUUGUCGGUAAGAAAACAACUCCACUAUGUGUUACGGGGAAUAUGCGUGUGUAAACUGCGUGUUGGGUGGGCAUAAUUUUCUAUCUUUCGUGGGACAAUGUCGUCAACACCCUCUGAUUGAUAAAUACGAAUGGCUCAUUCUUUUAGACGUAAUCCGAUCAAAGAUUUAGAUAUGAGAAGCUCCAAUUUGUAUAGGAAUGCGGCUACAAACGCCGUAAGUGGAAAAGAAAUCUCAUUUUGGGAGCAAACCGAUAAAAAUCAUUCGCCGAGAGUGGCGCGACAUCGUUUACCGAAAACGAGUCGCUUCGCGAUGGGGAGCAAAAAUUUCGUCCACGUUUUACGUACCUGAGAUGCUUAAACGACCACUUCGAAAGAAAUCGUUGGCACGUUAAAAAACGCACAUAAAAUACUCGCGUGCAAUACAAAUCUCAAACAAGAUCGUUUUAAACGACUUUUCAUCACGUGUAAUAAGCGCAAUUAUCCGCAUAGUUACUCGAUAAUUCGACUUUGUCGGACGAUUUGCGACCAAAUAAAAUCGAAGAAAAGUACGAUACAUCGAAGUCAGUUGUCUCUAUUGACAGCCUCUUGAUAAAAAGAAUGAAUGAGAAGCGAAGAUAAGCGUCGCUUCGACGGAAUUAAAGGCUGUGCGUACAUCGCGUUACUCGCGAAUAUUCAAUGUUGUGCCAAGUGGACGUGAAGUCGCAGACCAAGGUAUUUCGCUAUCACAGUGUUGCACGCGCCAGCGCUGGUGCGCGAUACAAUUACUAUAAUACGCCGCAAAACUCGUUCGGAAUUCACUCAGAGUGGACCACGGCGGAUGCGCGACUUGCACUACGCUUACACAGCGGCGCUGACGCUUUGAUACGACGGUCUAACAAUACAUCUGCGAUAUAGAUGUUAGUCAUCACAUCAAUGCUCGUUCUCAAUAUACUUCUUAUCUAUGUUAAGCACGUUAUGGACUUUACAGAUUUGAUAACAAAUUCGGUUGAAUGCACUAAUAUAUACAUUGGAUGCAAGUUAAAGUGUCGCAUACAAAUUGUUGUAUUGUAGAAGCAUACAUAAAUAUAACAUUAAUUUAUUUGGAUUAUUCUUAUAUAUGUUAAAUUUUGUUUAAUAUCUCAAAGUAUUAUGUUAUAUAUUUAUAUUUAACAUUGUAUUAUAUAUUUUUAUAAUAUUAGAUAAAUUGAAAUGUACAACAGACUUUAAUCAGCGCACAUUAAUGUACACAACCGAAUUUGCUAUAAUACAAUCAAGUACGCGCACUCAGCUUACUCGUGACUCGUAACUUAUUGUUAAAAGACUGCGAUCUUGCUCGACAAUUUCUAUUUAUUCGCCCUCUCCUCCGUCCUUUUAUGCCUCUAUAGAUCUUCGUUGGAUGUUUAUGUCCUCGAUAUGUACACGAUUUGUUUUCUCAUAGAGAAAAAGUCACGCGAAGCGAUCGAACAGAAUAAACGUAUAAUAUACACGUUUUUUUCGAAGUGUCUAUCUUAAGAAAUUAAAAACGACAGUAUUUGUUAGUAUUGUAGGAGCUUGCUGUUUUACGGAAAGAUCAGCACGCUCCGUCGUGUCGUGCGUGUGAUGUCGUGACGACAUACACGCCUAGCUAAUUUGUGAUUCGAUUAAACAAUUGUAUUACCAAGUGUAUUAUGAAAAAUAUCGCUCUGUACAUACUUAAACACUACCGUUCCUUCUACUUUCAUAUGACUAUUGACUUUUCCGACUGAAAUUUAGUCUUCCUCCCUUCUUACAUUAAACAUAAUUCCCAAACAUAAAACUAAGCAUAAGCGUUGGCAUAAUUGUAAACGUAGAUAUACCGAUAAGCAGGCACAGGUAUAAUUGUGCCUGCGUCACAACUGACAUACAUGCUUAUGCUCAUUAUGAUUAAUAACCGAGCUUGUGCUUGAAAUUUUACAUAAACAUAUUAAGAGAUAUGUAUAUAUAUAUACUGAUCGUGUACAUUAACAUUGCAGCGUAUAACAUUAUACCGAAUACAGAUUGUAAAUAAUGUACGACUUGAAUGUAGAGUUAUCGAUCCGACAAACACGUAUCUUGCAUUUACUAUAUUAUUAUAACAUAACGAGAUAUUAAUUUCUGACAAUGUAACAGCAUUCCUACGUUUUGCAUAGCAAAAACGUACGCACAUUCGUUGUCAUAAUUUCUUAAAUAAAGCGCUUAAAAUCACGCAA